AAAUAACAACCUAGCUACUAACCAGCCACAAGUGCUUCUAACUACCCAUGCACAUCCCCGUAAUGGUGGAGUGCUUUAUUCUCCUAACAAAUCACAACUACUUCGCAAUAAUAAUGGAACUUAACAGAACUGAUAAACUAUUCGUUGGCAAGCAGCACCGACUAAAAUGCGAUCUAAUAGUGGACCAAGCUCGUGCUGGGCCGUCUUGGUCGAGUUGAUCGGCGGGGAGGCCCAUCAUUGUGACGGCGGGGAGGCCCAUCAUUGUGACGUAGCGUCUGAGGUCCAUCAAUACCCCCCUGUUGAGCAGCGGACUCGUCCUCGAGGCCGAGCCGGAGGAAACGAUCGUUGAAGACGGACGCCAGCUCUCAGGUUGCGUCAUCCUCCGAUAAGUGGAGCCAUUUGACCAGCACUUCUUCCACAAUGCGACCCCCACAUCGCGUCCAGCGAGUAUCCAAAAUAGCUUGGGGAUGAAGAAAUAACGAACCAUCCUCCACAACGGGGGGCAACUCCGUACUGGGAACCGGUGAAGGGGAAUGGCACGGACGCAGAAGGGAGACGUGGAAGACAGGAUGAAUACGACUGCCGGGAGGAAGAGCGAGGCGGUACGCCACUUGCCCAAUGCGCUCGAUGAUGGCGUAAGGCCCGAAAUAGCGACAAGCAAGUUUUUGGGAGGCCCGACGAAAGACCGAAUGCUGACGGUAGGGAUGGAGCUUCAAGUAGACCAAGUCGCCAACAGCAAAUGUCAAGUCACGGUGACCACUAUCAGCCUGCUGCUUCAUGCGGUUUUGGGCCUCGCGGAGAUUGAGCUAGAGUUCAUCGAGGAUAGCAUUGCGGUCGAGGAGUGCCUGAUCGACCUCAUGGACCGAUGUGGAACCAGGCCUGUAGAAUGGAAUGAGAGGGGGAAGGCGACCGUACAACGCUUUAAACGGAGGCAUACCUGCUGCGCUGUGGAAGGAGCUGUUGUACCAGAGCUCAGCCCAAGGGAGGAACAUGAGCCAACGGCGAGGGUGCUGGUUCGUGAAACAGCGGAGGAAUUGUUCGAGGCAACGGUUGACGACCUCGGUUUGCCCAUCCGUUUGGGGAUGAUAGGCGGAGGACAUGGCGAGUUGGGUACCGGAGAGUCGGAACAACUCACGCUAGAAGUUGCUGGUGAAGGCCCGAUCGCGGUCGCUAACAAUCGAACGUGGAAGACCAUGGAGGCGGACGACCCCAGCCAGGAAAGCAUCAGCAACCGAACGGGCUGUGUAAGGGUGCGAAAGCGGCAGAAAGUGGGCCGAUUUCGUGAGCCUAUCGACCACCACCAGAACCACCGUUUUGCCAUUGGAGGAAGGAAGCCCGUCGAUGAAAUCCAUCGAAAUAUCUUCCCAAACCUGGGUGGGAAUCGGUAGGGGUUGGAGGAGACCUGCCGGAGAGAGAGAUUGAGCCUUGGCGCGUUGACAAAUAUCACAAGCGCGCACAAAGCGCUUCACAUCUUCCAGCAUCGACGGCCAAUAGAACUGAGCAGCCAAG